AUGACAGAUGUGUAGCAGCUUAUAUAAGCCACUAGAGUUGACUUCGCUGCGUUUUGCGGUGUAUAAAAACGUAUUUGUUUAAAAAGUAGGCGGUUCGGAGGAGGAGCUAAUUUGGCGCAACUUCCAGCGCGGGAAAUUCGUUUGAAUACACAGAGCGCCAAGAAACUGAGGCAGAAGCUUGGAGGGUUUUUCACCUGGCAUUAGUCGGUUGUUGCUCCGUCUUUAGGUUAGCGAAUAGUUGGUCUUUAGUCAGCAGAAAUUGUUUAGUGUUCUGUCGGUUUUAACUGUGAAAACUUUGCCAACAUGCCCGUCCUAGAAGUUACAGAUGCAUCUGCAAUUUCUCCAUCUAAGAGGGCAAGAACAGAAACAAAGCCUGAAGAGAGACCUGUCCUCAAAUUCGCUAAACUUUCUGAGCACGCCACAACACCUUCCAGAGGAUCAGCAAAAGCUGCAGGAUAUGACCUCUACAGUGCAUAUGAUUAUUCCAUCGGUCCUAUGGAUAAGGCCAUUGUGAAGACAGACAUCCAGAUAGCAGUUCCACAUGGCUGUUAUGGGAGAGUGGCACCGAGAUCUGGACUGGCGGCAAAACACUUCAUCGAUGUUGGUGCUGGAGUUGUAGAUGAGGACUACAGAGGCAAUGUUGGAGUUGUUCUCUUUAACUUCAGCAAGGACACAUUUGAAGUGAAAAAGGGUGACAGAGUUGCUCAGCUGGUGUGUGAGAGAAUCUGCUACCCAGAGUUGGAGGAGCAAAAGACUCUUGAUGACACAGAGCGUGGUGAUGGAGGUUUUGGAUCAACUGGACGCAACUGAAAGCUCCUGAUAUUGUUGAGUAAUGUAAAUUUUAAGAAAUAAUUGUACUGAACAUGUUAAUAAAGAUCUUUUCUUAUA